CCGAACCGAGCCGAGGAGAGGAACCGAGCGUAGCCGAACCGAGCCGAGCGGGGUCGAACUGAGCUGAGCGCCGCCGAGGAGCCGAACAGAGCCGGACCGAGCGAGGACGAACCGAGCCGACCGCAGCCGAACGGGGCUUAACGGAGCCGAGGAGCCGAGCCGAGCCGGGCCGAGCGCAGCCGAGCGAGGCCGAACGGAGCCGAGGAGCCGAACCGAGCCGGGCCGAGCGCGGCCGAGCGGAGCCGAACCACUUCGUUUCCUUCGACGUUCCCCACGGGGUGACCCUUGUGCCAGGCGGGCUCGUGGCCGCCAGCGCCGUGUGCCACCAUGGCGUCCCGCAUCGGGCUGCGGAUGGAGCUGAUGAAGCAGCAGGCACAGCAGGAAGCGGAGCGGGAGCGGGUGCAGCAGCAGAUGAUGAUGAGCUACAUGCAGCAGCAGCGCAUGCCCGUGGCCUCCAGCCCCGCCAUCAACACCCCCGUGCACUUCCAGUCCCCACCUCCCGUGCCAGGAGAGGUCCUCAAGGUCCAGUCCUACCUGGAGAACCCCACCACCUACCACCUGCAGAAGUCUCGGGACAAGAAGGUGCAGGCGUAUCUCUCCGAAACCUACGGGAACAAGUUCGCUGCCCACGUCAGCCCUGCCAGCCACUCUCCCAAGCCACCCCCGGCCGCGUCCCCCGGUGUCCGGCCCGGCCACGUGCUGUCCUCCUCGGCGGGCAACAGCGCUCCCAACAGCCCCAUGGCCAUGCUCAACAUCGGCUCCAACCCCGAGCGGGAGUUCGAUGAGGUCAUCGAUGACAUCAUGCGCCUGGAUGAUGUUUUGGGCUACAUGAACCCCGAAGUCCACAUGCCCAACACGCUGCCCAUGUCCAGCAGUCACAUGAAUGUCUACAGUGGGGACCCGCAGGUGACGGCGUCACUCGUUGGUGUCACCAGCAGCUCCUGCCCCGCUGACCUCACCCAGAAGAGAGAACUCACAGAUGCCGAGAGCCGAGCCCUGGCCAAAGAGCGCCAGAAGAAAGACAAUCACAACCUGAUCGAGAGGAGGCGAAGGUUCAACAUCAACGACCGCAUCAAGGAGCUGGGAAUGCUGAUCCCCAAAGCCAACGACCUGGACGUGCGCUGGAACAAAGGGACGAUCCUGAAGGCGUCUGUGGAUUACAUCAAGAGGAUGCAGAAGGACCUGCAGAGGUCCCGGGACCUGGAGAAUCACUCACGGCGCCUGGAGAUGACGAACAAGCAGCUGCUGCUCCGCAUCCAGGAGCUGGAGAUGCAGGCGCGCGUCCAUGGGCUGCCCACCUCCUCGCCCUCGGGCGUCAACGUGGCCGAGCUGGCUCAGCAGGUGGUCAAGCAAGAAGCCAGCGGGGACGAGGGGACCCUGGAGCCACUGCUGCCACCCCCGGACCCCGAAUCGCAGCCGCAGCCGGCGCUGCCCGCGCCGCCCCAGUCUCCCUAUCACCAGCUGGACUUUACCCACAGCCUGAGCUUCGACGACGGCUCCCAGGGCUUCCCGGACAGCCUGGAGCCCGGGCACAGCGCUUCCUUCCCCUCCCUAUCCAAGAAGGAGCUGGACUUGAUGCUGAUGCAGGACACGAUGCUGCCCCUGGCCUCUGACCCCUUGUUCUCAGCCAUGUCCCCCGAGGCCUCCAAGGCCAGCAGUCGCCGGAGCAGCUUCAGCAUGGAGGACACGGACAUGCUGUGAUGGGGAGAUGCUGGGGCAGGGCCUGCAGCGCCAGCUUUGGGUGGGCGAGUCCCAGGACACUCCUGGCAGGAGGAGCCCGUCCUGCCGUGCACUUGAAGCUUCCCAGGAGUACCUUUCUCUAUGCAACGGGGGCUCGGGCCGGGUGCCGCCGUGUCUUUCGCAGCUUCUUUUUGCCAGGAGAGGGAAUGGACCUUCCUGGUUUUGCCGUGGCGCUGGCCUGACUGCAGAUUCCACAGCCUGGGAGUGAGAUCUCGGCUGCUUUGCCUUUCAGCAGAACCCUCGUGGCCUCAGCCCCUUCCCCAGGAGCAGAGGGACGAUGCUGUGAGCUCCGUGUCUGGUUUGGUGUCUCCUCGCCUUGCUCUGGGGUCCUUCAUCCCCACCGAGUCUUCCCCAGCCCCUGGAUGCUUCCCAGUCCAUC